AUGUUCAAUUGUCAUCGACCUAACAAUUAAGUUGGCCAUGAAGAAAGCUGAGAACAUCAGGAUUUAAAACACAGAAUUCUCAAGUGGACCUGACUGUGGGAUGGAAUGCCAAACCUAGGCUGAGGUAUGGUUGGGCAAUGUCACGUGUCUUGCUUGGGAGCCAUCAUGUGCCCAGGUCGGGAGAGCCUGUGGCCGGCCCAGCAUGGUGGGGAAGAUCCUGGGCGGCCGCCCCGCGCCGGAGAGGAGGUGGCCGUGGCAGGUCAGCGUGCACUACGCGGGCCUCCACGUCUGCGGCGGCUCCAUCCUCAACGAGUACUGGGUGCUGUCGGCUGCGCACUGCUUCGGCCGGGACAAGAACAUCAAAAUCUAUGACAUGUACGUAGGCCUUGUGAACCUCAGGGUGGCCGGCAACCACACCCAGUGGUAUGAGGUGGAACGGGUGAUCCUGCAUCCCUCGUAUGAGGUGGACCACCCCAUCGGAGGCGACGUGGCGCUGGUGCAGCUGAAGAGCCGCAUUGCGUUUUCUGACUCCGUGCUCCCGGUCUGCCUUCCACCUCCAGAUCUGGACCUUACCAGUGCCAAUUGCUGGGCUACAGGAUGGGGACUAGUCUCACAACAAGGUGAAACCUCAGACGAGCUGCAGGAGGUGCAGCUCCCACUGAUCCCGCAAACCUGGUGCCGCCUGCUCUAUGGACACGUGUCCUACAUCAUGCCCAACAUGUUGUGUGCUGGGGACAUCCUGAACAUUAAGACCGUGUGUGAGGGCGACUCCGGGGGCCCACUCGUCUGUGAAUUCAACCACAGCUGGUUGCAGAUUGGAAUCGUGAGCUGGGGCCGUGGCUGCUCCAACCCUUUGUACCCUGGAGUGUAUGCCAGUGUUUCCUAUUUCUCAAAAUGGAUAUGUUAUAAUAUAGAAAUCACACCAGCUCCUGCUCAGCCAGCCUCUGCUCUCUCUCCAGCUCUGGGGGCCACUCUCAACGUCCUUGUGGCCAUGCUGGCUGGCUGGUCAGUGCUGUGAGGCCAGGACACCCCUCUAGCAUUCUCAUGGCUGCACAGUGCCCAGCCCAGCUGCCUCCAGCCCCCUAAGCACCUCCUGCCCUGCUCUCUCCAGAGGAGGCAAGGGCCAACCAUCCCGUGGGUGGAUGCGGAGUCCAGAGGUGCUGAGCAAGUGUGCAAAAGAGGAGAGGGAAGGGGGAGAGAGGCUGGCCAGGCAGGACCCAGCUGGGGCAGAGUGCACCUGAGAUUUGAUAAGAUCAUUAAAUAUUUACAAAGCAA